ACAGCUAGUCCUGUUAUCUAUUCAUGCCAAUUUAUGCAGCAGGAGUCACCUGAUCUGCUGUCAGUAAGAACACAGGAGUGGUUGGAUAACUUCCAUUACAGAAGAAAAGCUUUCUGCAGGUCAUGGCCUCCAACAUGCUACCAGAAAAGCAGUUCUACUGUCCCGUCUGUGAGCAGGUGUUCACAGACCCGGUGACGACUCCCUGCGGACACAACUUCUGCCAAGCCUGCAUUCAGAGCAAGUGGGAAGGCACUGACGUCUGCCAAUGCCCCGCGUGUGACAGGUCGUUCCCUUCAAGGCCUGAAAUAAGCAUAAAUAUAGCUUUCAAAGAGCUCGCAGACACAUUCAAACAGAUGAUAGUCUGCUCAUCGGCCACGCCGCUGUCUUCAGCCCAGCCUGGUGAGGUGGUGUGUGAUGUCUGUGCCGCCACGUCCCUGCAGGUGAAAGCACUGAAAUCCUGCCUGGUGUGCCUGACAUCGUACUGUGAAUCCCACCUGGAGCCUCACAAGAGGGUGGUCACCCUGAAGCUGCACAAGCUCAUGGAGCCGGUGAAGAACCUGCAGGACAGGAUGUGUAAGAAGCACGAGCGGCUGCUGGAGAUGUUCUGCAGGGAUGAGCAGAAGUGUGUGUGCCAGUUCUGCACUGAGACUGAGCACAGAGACCACAAGGUUGUUUCUGUAGAGGACGAGAGCACGGAGAGGAAGGUCCUUAUUAAGAAGAGUGAGGCCGAUUUUCAGCAGAUGAUCCAGGAGCGACUGAAGAAAGGGGAGGAGAUCAAAAACUGUUUGAAGCUCAGCACGGUAAGUGGAGAGAUGGAGGUGAAGGAGAGCGAUCGUCUCUUUACGUCUCUGAUUCAUACCAUCAAGGAGAGACAGACCGAAGUGAAUGCAGAGAUAAAGGAGAAGCAGAAGGCAGUGGAGAGGAGGGCGGAGGAGCUCAUCAGUGAGCUGCAGCAGGAGAUCACUGAGCUGCAGAGGAGAAACACGGAGAUGGAGGAGCUGAAGAACACUGAGGAUCACCUGCACCUCCUGCAGCAUUUGCCCUCUAUUACAUCACCUCCACCCACAAAAGAGUGGAUGGAGAUCAACAUACCACCUGAGCUCUGUGUGGGGACUGUGCGGAGAGCCUUGUCUAAAGUUGAACGGACCCUCAUGAAUGAAAUGGAAAAUUUGAAGAAAGAAGAGAUGAAGAGGAUGCAGAAAUAUGCAGUUGACGUGGUUUUAGAUCCGGACACUGCCCAUCCAAACAUCGUCUUAACAGCUGACGGGAAGCAAGCGGGUCGUGGUGAGCUUCUUCACGUUGUUCCAGACAACCCCCAACGCUUCGACCCUGUCAUCUGUGUUUUGGCCAAGCAAGGCUACAUCUCGGGGAGGUUCUACUUCCAGGUUUCAGUCGGUCAAAAGACCUUCUGGGAUCUGGGCGUGGUCAAAGGAUCUGUCAACAGGAAGGGCAUGAUCACCUCCAAGCCAGAAAACGGCUACUGGACAGUGCGCUUGAGGAACGGCGAUGAGUAUCGAGCUUUAGACUCCCCUUCGGUCCGUCUUCCUCUCAAGGAGAAACCGGAGAUUGUGGGGGUCUUUACGGAUUACGACGAGGGAACCGUGUCGUUCUUCGACGUGGAGGCCAGAUCUCACAUCUACACCUUUACUGGGUGCCUUUUCUCUGAGAAAGUUUACCCCUUCUUCAGCCCGGGCGUUUGUGACGAAGGAAAAAACAAAGGGCCAUUGAUUAUCACAACUGUCAAUCAUGAGUCAUAGACUGGAAGAGCCUAUACCUGCUUUUUAAAGAUGCAAGGGAUGUUUUAUCUUUACUAAACUCGAAUAUUAAUAUUAAAGCUUUUUUGGUAUUUGGGUUCUAUGUAACAUGUUUCAUGGCUUGAAGUAUUGAUGUGAAUGGUGACAGUGGUGCUUAAAUGAAGAGCCUUUCUCUAAUAUAUUUGCUGUUGUUCUAAAAGGUUGUUUUUUUGGACAAAAAAGUUGCACUACCAGCAAAAAAUGCUUCUUUUUUGUAUAUAUUGUCUUUUUAACAAUCAUCGUCCAUGACGUGAAAGAAGCCACAAUAAAACACAAUCUCCUGUUUCAGAUGCAAUUUUUAAUUUCUUCUAGCUAUUUGGGAUUAAUUGGCCUCGACUAAGCUUCAUCUUUGCAUCUUUGAACAGAAAGUGUUUGGGUUCUUUUUAGUUUGAUGAGUGUAGUUUAGAACAUAAUGUUUUAAGAAACAUACAACAUUUUAAUGCGCAGAUUGGAGUAUAAGGUGCAGGAAUGCCAGAUGAGAUGACGAUGCAGGGACUCGGGAGGUUAAGUAAGAACUAUAAGUCAUCCUAAAUGUAAAAUGAAUGACUAUAGAAACCAAUUUAAACUUCAUCUGACUUACACUCAGAAACAUGCAACACUAACCCUGUAAAGUCAAAUGUAUUAGAUUUGGCCCAUUUUAAGACAUCAGUAUGAUUUUUGAACCCUAACCCUCUUUAUUUAAGUUUUCAAGAUAAACAAACUGUACACAAAAAUGCCAAAUGUAGUACAAAUUAAGAUAAGAUAAGAUAAGAUAACCUUUAUUAGUCCCACACGUGGGAAAUUUGUUUUGUCACAGCAGGAAGUGGACAG